ACAUUCCUAAUUUCAUCAUCCAUCUCAUUCGACAACCCCAAGGACCGACACAAAAUGUUAGUACUGACUGCUUGAGGUCGAUUCAUCUGGGCUUGCGCGCAUACAUUCACAGCAGCGACGGGACCCGUUGGUAGUUGGGCGGAGAUUGCAGGGCACGAGGCGAGGCUAAACCUUGUCAAUGGCUGCUCUGCGAUCCUGGUACCGACAACUUCACACCCGUCGAUCGGGGGUCAUCGAAUGUUUAGCAGUGGUCGUGGAAGGUCGGAAGUUGGGCGUCAGAUAGGAGAAACGAAAUGCGGCAAGGCUCGGAGGCGCCGGGACUCAAUAGGCUGGAUGCCGAAUGGAGCUGCGACGGCCCGGAGGGCCAGGAGCGGUGCAGCGGCUGCUGCCCUUGCUUGUUCAACGUUCUGCAACAGAGCGGCAGGAUUCAAUCAAAGGGAAGGCAGUAGAUGAUUCCUCUACGGGAUGCGCUGGAAGUGGCGCGUGGCACUGGGCAGGAUCAUACGCCUCACUCAUUCGGUUACCGCGCGCGUACGCGUGAUCUCUUCAAGAGAGACUUCCGCAAGCACGGACCCAUCAAGCUCUCCACCUACUUGCGUUCUUACCACGUAGGCGACAUUGUCGACAUCAAGGCCAACGCCGCUGAGCAGAAGGGUAUGCCCCACAAGUUCUACCACGGCCGAACUGGUGUUGUCUUUGGUGUUCAACCUCGUGCAGUGCAGGUCAUCGUCUACAAGACUGUGGGCAACCGCAAAAUCGAGAAGCGCGUCAACGUUCGAAUUGAGCACGUGAAGCACUCCAAGUGCCGAGACGACUUCUUGAACAGAGUCAAGGCAAACGCUGCCAAGAGGCUGGAGGCCAAGGAGAAGGGCGAGAAGGUCAACUUGAAGCGUCAACCGGCUCAACCUCGUGAGGCCUACGUUGUCAGCACCAAGAAGAACGCACCCCAGACACUGGCGCCCGUGCCUUACGACACCAACUACUAAACGGCCUUCGUGUUGGUCGCGCCAGCCGUUCUUCCGCCUUUGCUCCCUUGCGUCUACUCUGGCGGUUAUCACAUCUCGGAGUUUUCGCUGUACUACACUCUUACAGUCGCACUCGUGCACGACUGAUGUGCGCUUACCACCAGUCGCGGCUACAAGCCAUCAUGUCAUGAUCUCAAAUACAGCAAUCUCAAAACAUGCGCUUUCGAAAAGGUUUCGGGCCCUGCGAUGGACGAGAC